AUGGUCAUGUCAGACGAAGGAUCUAAAGAGUUCAAGGAUGAAGAUGUUACAGAUUUUCGCUUCUUCGAGCUGCCCUCAGAGCUCCGCCUAAAAAUCCUCUCUCUCAUAAUCGAGUCACAUGUGACGAUCGACUUGCAGCCGAAUAUGCACCGCAACGCGCCCGAUCGUCUCAAUCUCUUCCUUACUUCCAAGCGAAUGCAUGCGGUGGUAGCUGGCUUCUUCUUCGGCAGUAAUACCUUCCGUAUCUUUCCCACACAUGGCAGAUACUUUGGUCCGAAAGUCGCCCCGCUGCUUGCGCGGCUACCUACGAAAUAUAGGGAGAUGAUGACUUCUUUGGAACUGAGAUUGGGCCCCGGCUGGGGAAAUCCACCAGAUUGGUGGAAGGUCCACAAUACGAAUCUCAGGGACUAUGGUGACGAUUGGUUGGGAUUAGGAGACAUGAAGGACGUUAAUAGAUUGAUGGUGUUCGUAGAGGUUGACCCCAAUCAAGACGUCUUCAAGACCUUUAGAAGGUCGAGGGUAUCAUUUACAAAGUUUUCAAGGAGCUUGUUGAGGGACAUCAUGUUUACGCUUCCUGGAUUGACACACGUAGCAUUUGAUGCGUGGCCGUCUGUCAAGCUUGAUGGUGUGUUGAUGUGUGCGAUGAUGGAAGAAACGCAGCGAAAGGGAAUUGAGGUUCACCUUUCGAGAGAGCUUGAAAUGCAGAGAAAAUAUGCAAGCUAUCAAUUGCAGAGAGGGCAAUUCGAUACCACUCUCGCAGUUUAG